AUGACAAAUAACGAUCAAAGCAGAAAGCCAGCAAAGCCGUAUCUCAGAAAAGGUUCCGGUGCGACAGGUCGCCUAAUGAGCAAAAUAAACUAUCCAACGUUAACGAGGACUAGGUCACGACAGUCGCAUAGCAGUGUGAACAACGCUCAGAGCUCAAUGCAAGAUGGCGCCGACAGCAAUCUAAGGCUGCUAGCGGAUCUCGACUGUGAAUCGGCAAAUACUAUCAAUCGCAAUCAAUGGCCGGAAUUGAGCACUCGAUCGAAUAAUAACAUUAACAAUUUUGCACGAAGCAGUUCAAGUUCACCCGCACAGGAUCAACAGCCCGGUUCAAGCCGUCCGUUAACAGGAACAACCGACAGCGGAUGCCCCGAGGACCCGUUAUAUUUGCUCAGUCCUGCACUGACCGAGCAUUUGGCUUCCGUAGUUCGAGACGUGACCACAGAUGCGGAUGUCGAUAGUAGUAUGUGUUCACCGAUAACAUACAGUGAUGAAGGAAGACUUGCUCGCGAUCUGACGACACAUUCAGUGAUUUAUGAUGUGAGCGAUUAUUCUGCGUCUGCGAUCUCGACUUCUGGUAUCGGUCGGGUGACUCCGUCGAAAGGAGAGCUGUCCGAUGGACGAGUCGUUGGUGAUUCCUCAGAACAAGGUGGCAGCACGCCGUCAGUUGUAGCCGACGUGAGCACGAUUCAUGCGUCCAGUAUAGGUCCCGUAACCACCACGACAACGGCUGCUCUUCCAUCCAAAACGCGAAAGUUGGAAGCAGUCUCAGGAAAACAACGAACUGAAAGCUGUGCACUGAAUCGUGAAAUAGCCGUGAUUCUGCCACCAGUUCAGAGCAGUAAGCAGUUAAAACAGUACUCAAAAGGAGUGCGGAUGCCGAAAGCGGUGAAUUUAUCGCUGGGUGAAUCAACGGCUGAAUUCGAGCAUUUAGAAGCGAGAGUGCAUGAGAUGUUGGCCAGUGAAGGGGUUGAUGGUGAGUGGCCUGCAAGCAGCGAUACAUCGCAUAACACCGACGGAACUCGUUCGAAACAUUGGAGAUCUGUGAUCGCUGAUUUCAGACAGGAGGCACUCAAGAAUAAUGUU